UCUUAGCCCCGCCUCCUUCCCGGCUCCAGCUGGGGCCCGAGAGGCUGAGUGGUCUGUACGCUGCUCGCUGGCCUCCCAGUCUCCCCAGCAACCGAUGACACUGCCCGCGCGAGACUGACCACUAGCCGACGCGGGCGACAGGGACUGGAGCGUGACCUCCCCAUCCCGAGGGGCUGGACGCUCGGACGCCUCCCCGCUUCCCCUACUCGGAGGCCGCGCGCGCCGUUAGCCCGUUCCUCGCUCCCCGGCCCCAGUCCCGCAGUCCGGGAGGCGGGGGUCGGCAGCUGGCUGAGUAGGAACCGCGCGGUGUCUGAGGAGCCAGUCGGCGACCGGUGAGGUUUCCACUUCAGUCGUGACCCUUUUGCCUGUGGGAUGAGCUCCAGCAUGGGGUGAGGUAUAGAAGAGAGACUUGAAGAGCCUGCCUUGGGACCCAAGCGCCAAACCUGUACCCUAGCAAGUGUCUUACUCCACAUCCAUAAUGGAAGGAAAUGCACACCCUACUGCAGAGGCACAAGAGGAGGACACCCCACGCCGGCUACUCCUGCCCAGCGUAGUGGGGCAGCAGAAAGCUCCAGAGCCCAGACUUGCAGGACACUUGUAGUUUCCCUCCUGCCCUUCCAAGUGGUUCAAGGACACCGACUCCGUAUUUCCGGGAUGCCCAUGGCUUUGCUUUGUCUUGGGGAAGGGAAUCCUGGAGAUGGACUACCUAAAGAAGUCAUAAUAAAUAGGGAGUUCGUGUUCCCUUCUCCAUUCCUUAGGAGCUGCUGCAGAGGCUCACAAUGACCUUCUCCCCACAGGCUCACGGUGCAGGGUGAACCUGGCCACAGCUCACCUCUGGAACAGCCGCAGUGUCUGCCCCUUAGAGAAGAACCCUGAAAUCAGACCAGUUUUUGCGGCCUCCCCCUUUCCUCUCUGUUACAGUGCCUUUUCCAGGCCUUAAGAGAGAAGUAAAACUUAGCUGCAGCGUCAGGAGGUGGACCCCAGAGUGUGAGUGGCACGCUUCCCUGUGAACCCGUCCUCACCAUGUUUGCCACAUCUGGGGCAGUGGCAGCGGGGAAGCCUUACUCGUGCAGCGAGUGUGGCAAGAGCUUCCGCUACAGCUCAGUGCUGCUGCGACAUGAACGUGCUCACGGCGGUGACGGCCGCUUCCGUUGCCUAGAAUGCGGUGAGCGCUGUGCACGGGCUGCUGACCUCCGAGCGCACAGGCGCACCCAUGCUGGCCAGACCCUCUACAUCUGCAGUGAGUGCGGACAAAGCUUCCGCCACAGCAGCCGCCUUGACCUACACUUGGGUGCACACCGGCAGCGAUGCCACACUUGCCCCUGCCGCACAUGCGGCCGCCGCUUCCCGCACCUUCCGGCGCUGCUGCUACACCGGCGCCGCCAGCAUCUGCCAGAGCGGCCCCGCCGCUGCCCGCUGUGCGCCCGCACCUUCCGACAGAGCGCGCUGCUCUUCCACCAGGCGCGGGCGCACCCCUCGGGGACAACCUCGGACCCUGCUGCCCCACCCCACCGUUGCGCACAGUGUCCGCGAGCCUUCCGAAGCGGCGCCGGGCUGCGGAGUCACGCGCGCAUCCACGUGUCCCGGAGCCCCAUGCGACCCCGUGCCUCAGACGCCCACCAGUGUGGCGUGUGCGGCAAGUGUUUCGGCAAGAGCUCUACGCUGACGCGACACCUGCAGACGCACUCGGGGGAGAAACCCUUCAAGUGCCCGGAGUGCGGCAAGGGCUUCCUGGAGAGCGCCACGCUGGUGCGCCACCAGCGCACACACACGGGCGAGAAGCCGUACGCAUGUGGCGACUGUGGACGCUGCUUCAGCGAGAGUUCCACGCUGCUGCGCCACCAGCGCAGCCAUCAGGGCGAGCGGCCACAUGCGUGCGCCACUUGCGGCAAGGGUUUCGGGCAGCGCUCCGACCUGGUGGUGCACCAGCGCAUCCACACGGGCGAGAAGCCCUUCGCGUGCCCCGAUUGCGGCCGCCGCUUCAGCGACCGCUCGGACCUCACCAAGCACCGGCGCACGCACACGGGCGAGAAGCCCUACCGCUGCGAACUGUGCGGCAAGCGGUUCACGUGCGUGUCCAAUCUCAACGUGCAUCGGCGCAACCAUGCCGGCCACAAGCCACACAAAUGCCCCGAGUGCAGCAAGGCCUUCAGCGUCGCCUCCAAGCUUGCACUGCACCGCAAGACGCACCUGGGCGAACGGCCAGCGGAGUGCGCAGAGUGCGGCAAGUGCUUCAGCCACAGCCGUUCGCUGUCGCAGCAUCAGCGGGCCCACGCGCGCGCCCGCACCGCUGCCGCCGUUGCCAUCCAGUCCGCAGUGGCCACUACCCUCGUCUUUGAGGGGCCGGCUGAACAGGAAAAGCCAAAGUUUUCUGUGUCCUAGUUGAGGGAGGCUUGCUGAGGCUUCUCUAAAGGUGGUUGGGCAGGCACCUGUAUAGCAUCACAGGGACAGUUGAGGCAACUCGUAGAUGGAGGUUUGGGAAAAGACUGUGGCCUCCUGCCUUUCCCGUUUCUGUUGGCAGCCCUUCACCUGGCCUCCUGCCUCGCCUCUACACCUACUACCCUGUCGGCCCUUUUGCCAUCCUGUCCUCGUAUAACUCGGAUUCUCCCCUCAGGUGUAGGUGCAGGGAGUCAGGGAACCCUUAGACUCCCCUGUGUGCAAGAGCCCAGGUGUUGGUGUGUCCCUUUAAUGCGACUGUGCUCUCUGGUGUUUCUGAUUUUCUUGCCUUUGUUCUGUCUUCUCAUGUCCCAUCUCAUUCCAGCCCGCAUCUUCUCCCUUCCUGAUUACUUUUGUUGUCCUGCCUCUUCAGGUAAUGGUCACAGAUUUGGCUGUAGUCACAUGUUACCAGCCCUGUGGCUUCUUGACUCUUGGCUCCCUGUUAACUCUGCUUCUGAGAAAUGUGGGUAUAGAGGUGGGAAAGCUCACUUCCAUGAAGGAUGUCUUCAUGCUAGGAGCUGCCUGCACCCUGGCAGAGGUGGCCAGUCACAUGAAGGUGGGCAGGGGCCUAAGCAUGGCCACACAUGUCCCCAGGGCAGAUCAAGGGGCCUCUCAGGACAAUGUUCCCCAGCCAGGUGAGGAACAUUUUCACUGGGACCCAGGCCAAAACCAUGUGGGUCCACAAAGCCAGGCACUGCCAAGUGGAACAUGAGGUUAUUUCCAAAUCAUGGGAGGCACCAGUAAGGAGAGGGCAGGGUGGAAAAUCCCCUGGAGCUGGUCAACAACUUUUUGCCCAUGGCUAGUGAAAUAAAGUUGUCUGAGUACUAGA